GAUCCAAGAUGGCGGCCGUCCUUGUCGUCUGCUCGAUUUGACAUUUGUGCGCUAUCGCGGAUCUCCCGUCGAGCGUGCCGCGUUCUCUCGAUUUCUCACGCGCUUUUCCGUCUUUCUGCGUUUCCUCCUCCCCUCCCUCGAAAAAGCGAUUCCCGGCCAUUUUUUUACCCCUCAUUCGUACAAGGGUGCGAGCGGGGGAUUCAUCGAUCGUUAAAUUCGGCGGAUUCAUCUGCCGUCGUCUGCUGCGCAACGGCUGCGUGAGUCAUGUCGGCACCGAAGUAUGCGGGUCGUAAUCGCGGUAUCGUUUGUGAGCGUUUUGCGGCGAGAGAUAAAUGAAGGGAAUGUACGCCCGCAGUUUGAGGACGCGCGAUGUGCCUGACAGGUCGUCGCUACGGGAAUGGAGGCUGAGGUCAGAGUGGACCGAAGACGCGCUCGAUCGAAUCACGGCGAUUUUGUUGUGGAUUUUCGGUUGUGAAUGACGUGUCGAUGCCGAUUGUCGAUGCGAGCCGAAUCUGUUUGUAUGUAUAGUAUAUACAUACUACACAUGUAGUAAAAUAAACACACGCGAAUCGAAUAGUACUACUCGACGUUUCAAUCAGACUCUCUGAAAUAUGUAUACGAAAAUGUAUACUGAAUGUGAUCGGUCGAUCGAAAUGUUGAAUGAGAAGCGAUGUGAUUAUCAGAUGUGACUCGUCUGAUGGAUUCCUCCUGUAAGGAAGUGCAACUGCGCUGGCAGCAGGAUAUGCGGAUUCAAUAGAUACGUCGGCGUUAUAUUUUACAGUUGCACAAUUGUUUUCUCGACUCUAGUCCAGAUUUCAAAAGUAUUAUUCAUUUUAAGUACAAUAUUAUUUAUGAUAAUCAUCGGGUGGAAUCGAUAUCUAUUCGCAUUAAACGUUUGGAUGUAAUUCCACAAUAGAAUAGCUAACUGAAAAUGGAAUUGAUACCAAAGCAUUAUGUGAUGAGAUGAGUACUUACAAAAUAUGUCAUAAUGCAUUAUAUUGCAAUUGAUUCUGUGGAUGAAUUCAGAUAUAAACUUUGAUAUUUAUUGAAGCACAAGCGAUUGACAUAAAGAACGACGAUUUUAAAUACCAACAUUGACAGUCUGCGAGUAUUAUGGAGCAGUGCGAUGGAAAUGACAUCUCUAGUGUUUCAAAUAUCGCCAAAGUAGAUGUAUCCCCAAAAUCAAAACAGAAGAAAAAGUCUCUUUGUCGUAUACUCAUGAACAAGAAGACCAAGGUCGGCUGUCUGGAGUCAUCGUACAAAGACGGGGAUUCGAACAAAAAUUCUAAGAUAGAAAACUCACAACAUGGAUCUCAAACUAGCACUAAGCUAUCUCUGUGUUGCGCCAUGACUGAACGUAGCAGAACGCCACCCCAGAGUUUGACUGUCAGUAGACUUUCUCCAACGACAUUAAGUCGUACCUCGGUCAAAUCCGAGGUAGCUUCCAUCAAUGGGGAUCGUCAAACUGAUGUCCUAGUUGAGAAAGAAGAAAUACAUAUUGCGAAUGAUCAAGCACAGAUGGCUCAAGAAAUUGUAGUCAAAAGAAAUAAAGUAGCAGCGAGGAAGGAGCAGCGUUAUAGUUCUUACAUAGAAGACUCAACGGAAGAAUCAUUUGAAGAAUCUUCAGAAGAUGAAAAUGAACGUAUAAUUGAGUCUGAAAAAAUUCAGAAAUACUUUAAGGAUGAUUACUUUACAAAGGGAAAGUAUAUCACUUAUUUCUUCCUGGAAAUGGAACGGCAGUUCUACAAUCCUUUGGAUGUUUACAGUAUGGUUCAGUAUCAUGAUACUGCUAGCGAAAAGCCGGGGAAAGAAGGUGAAAACUCUUCUUCCGGGUCACUUUCGCCGAGUACAUCGGGACAAUUACGUCGUAGAUUGCUUCAUAGAAGAUCUGCAGAUAACUUGAUUGUAAACUCACCGACAAACUCUAUGAGACAUUCUAGUCCAGAAUCUAUUAAAAGUGCACCGAUCCAACAUAAGCCACGUUCAACGUCGCACGAUGCUUUAUCCAAAAAGAAAGAUCGUUAUUUUUGCCAAACAACAUCUAUGGAUAGCUUGGCGAAGCAAUCGUUACUUGCUGCACAAGUACUUAAUUUGAUUCCUACUCAGAAAGCACGAGAAAGAAAUUUUCUUCACGGAAGGAUCGCCGCCAAUUCUUUAUUAGGACCGGUUGAACUCGAGAAAGUAUUGCCGAAUCGAGAAUUGAAAAUUUUUAUCGGCACAUGGAACAUGAAUGGUCAGACUCCGCCAAAGGAAUUGAACGAUUUUAUGUUGCCAUCCGACAUAGAGACUGUUCCCGAUUUGCUAGCUAUAGGAACGCAAGAGUCAUGCUCCGAACGAAAUGAAUGGGAAGCAGCCUUGCAGGAAACACUUGGACCAUCGCACGUAUUGCUCACUAGUAGUAAUCUCGGUACACUUCAUCUCGCAUUAUUUCUGAGACGAGAUUUGGUCUGGUUCUGCUCCAUUCCGGAGGAAGAUAGCUUCUCGACAAGAACCGGAACGGCAUUUAGAACGAAGGGUGCGGUGGCGAUAGCUCUCAUGAUAUUUGGCACUAGCUUUCUCUUCGUCACUGCUCACUUGACCGCACAUCAAGAUAAGGUGAAAGAACGGGUUAAUGAUAUAAAGCGAAUCAUUAGAAAUCUUGACCUUCCCAAAGAACUACCUACCAGGCACAAAAGCAAAGAUGUAACGCAAAAUUUCGAUUGUGUAUUUUGGUGCGGUGACUUAAACUUCCGUCUAGCUCAGUCGAGAGAGGAAGUGAUUCAGUGGAUCACAAAUACGUGCUUUCCGCAAGAGUCGCCGAUAAACUUGCGCAAGGAUCAAUUGAAAAUUAUUCUAAACGAAGGCGCGGUAUUACGUGGUUUUGAAGAAGCUCCAAUCACCUUUCCUCCUACUUAUAAAUAUGAUCCGGGAACGCAGAAUUUUGAUUCUAGCAGCAAGCAACGCACUCCUGCGUAUACCGAUAGAAUCCUUUUCAAAGGGAAAGGUCAUACCAGAGGAUACAUCAGACGUGUUAGUCAUGAGAGUGCCAGCUCGUAUAAAGACGGAGCUAUAGAAUGUUUGGUAUAUGAUUCCGUUCCUAGUAUUUGCACCUCGGAUCACAAACCGGUCUGGGGAGUUUUUAAGACUACGUUGAGACCUGGUAUCGAUACAAUUCCGCUUGGUGCUGGUCUUUUCAAUCGCGAGGUAUAUCUGGAAGGCAUUAGGAGGCGCGCGGCGGCAAUGGAUGAUUCUCUCGGAACUUCAAAGGUUUGUUCGAUUCAAUAAAAAAAAUUGGAGACUAUUGUGGAAGCAUAAAUAUAUGUUCUUGUAGAUAUAUAUAUAUAUACAGAUAUAUAGAUAUAUACAAAGAUAUUUGCCGAAUUUGUAGUAUCUCAAGCGAGAAAAUGAUCGCUUAAAUGAUCAUUUUCAUAAUAGAUGCCACGUUCCUUUCGUUCGAUUUAUGUAUUCACUAAGUCUGUCCAUUUUUUUAUAACGUGAUCAGAAACAUUUUGCUAAGAGAGAUUUAUAUAGUAGAUUACUAUUACCUAAAACACUGUAAAAAUCUAGUCAAGCAGUGAAAUAAAUCGUUUAGUAAUUUAGACAAUGAUGUGACAAUUUUUUGUAAAUGUAUCGUCGGUCAUUUCCGAUAUAUAUAUACGUAUUGUGCCACAUGUAUAUUAGAGAAUUUAUAUGAGGACUUAUAUAAAGUAAAAUAUCAUUUGACUACAUGUAUGUGGCACUCUUUCAAUUUUGCCAAGAAAUUACAAAAAUAAUGAGACACUUAUAAAUCUUGCAUUAUGUCAA